CUGUUCACAAUUUGGGGUUGGUGGCAAUCAACAAUCUGUAAGGGCUUAAGGUUGGAAACUGACGGGCAGUACCGCGAAAACCUAUCGGAAACCGAAAUUCUCAAGGCGUAAUUAGACUUAUUAGUGACAAAGAUGCCCGCAAUCUGCGAACUUAGUCUUUCGCGGUUAUAGCCCUGGCCACACUUGUUCAGCUUGCUGUAAAAAAAAAAUGUAACGUGAACUUGAUGGACUUGAUGUGAACAAUCUGUUUCUUUCAAAAAAAAAUUGUUUUUCUUUCGAACAUGAAUAUCUGCUAGAAUAAGUUGUUGUGAAACAAGUCAUAUCUUAAUAAAAGUUAUCUUUGACAUUGAUUAAAAUGUUAGAAGCAGAAGAAGAUGAACGAACGAUUCUGGAUUACCUUAACACUAAUGAGCGCUGUUGGCGCGCCGUGCUGCAAUAUGUGCCUGUGAAAGAUCUCAUAAGGACAGAGGGCACCAGCCGCCGGUGGCAGGGGGUGGUCCUGCAGUACUUCAAAGAAGCAGGAGUCCAUAUUACAAUUGAGGAAUAUAGUAAUGAAAAGGAACAUAACAUCUGUAGAUUGAAGCGUUCAUCAUUCAAGUCAUUUGAGAGUUGGACCAAAAAAUUGGGCUCCUUGGUUGUGGCCACUUAUUGCAUUGGUUUGAGGAAUCUAGAAAUUAUCAAAGAAAACUGUCCUAACAUAGAAGCCCUCGAGCUUCAGGAUGUGCAAUGCGGAGCACCAAAACAACUGCGCCGUCACAAUAUACGUGAUAACUUCAAGUGCCUGCAACGGCUGACUUUAAAUUCCUGUUCUAUGCCAGACAGCUGUGUGAACCAAUUCGUAGCAGAUAAAGCUUUAGAAGGACUAAAGUUCUAUUCUUGUGACGCUUUGACUGGCGCUUGCUUCAAAAAUAUGAACUUGUCAAAUUUAAAGUCCCUUGAGAUUGAUAUGUGUAGUGGUUUUGAGGCCAAACACAUGCUGCCAGCCUUUGAUCGCGUUAGCGAGCUGACGAAGUUAAAACUGAGUCAUAUUUCUAGUGAAUUUCUUGAGGAGAUUCAGGUUGGGUUGGAUAAGAUGCCGAAAAUGGAAACGUUAGAUCUGAAUGAUGAUGAGAGAAUGAGAGGGGAGUGCGGUCAGCAACUGAGUACGCUGACGCGGUUGAAGCAUCUCCUACUGGCGUACCAGAUGUUUGACGAGGACAUAGAGGCAAUAACGCGGUGCUGCAAGGAGCUGGUGACCUUGAAUUUGUGGGAUUGUCGAUCAAUGUGGCGCCCCAGCGUGAAAUUGAUAUGGAAGAACGCGGGCGCGCGCCUCACGUCGCUGACGCUCGCGCAGUUCGACGAUUUGAAGGACGCGGACAUCGUGGCGCUCAUCCGCGGCUGUCCGCUCCUCACGGAGCUCACGGUGACGGGUUCGCGCCAGCUGACGGCCCGCCUGCCGGCGCGGGCGGCGGCCGCGCGGCGCGCCGCGGCGCCCGGCCGAGUGCUACAGCUCGACCUCAGCUUCACCAAUCUCUCCAGCGACCUUUGUGUGGAAGAUACUGAUGCCGAUGGACCAUAUCCAGAUGUUUUAAGAAAGAAGUAUGAAGGCUUAAAUAUAAUAUGCUUCUAAAAUAUGUUAUUUUAAGCAAAGUUAAAUGGUAUAUAUGUCAAUUAAAACCUAAUGAUGGCGAAAGAAGUACAAAGGCUCAGAUAUUAUAUUCUUCUAAAAGAUAUUAUGCAAAGUUAAAUGGUUUAAUAUAUGUCAAUACAACCUAAUAUUGUUGAUUUAGAAAGAAGUACAAAGUUUUAGUUAUAAUAUUCUUCUAAAAUAUGUUAUUUUACGCAAAGUUAAAUGGUAUAAUGUCAAUACAAACUAAUAUUGUUGAUUGAGAAAGAAGUACAAAGUUUUAGUUAUAAUAUUCCUCUAAAAUAUGUUAUUUUACGCAAAGUUAAAUAGUAUAAUGUCAAUACAACCUAAUAUUGUUGAUUGAGAAAGAAGUACAAAGUUUUAGUUAUAAUAUUCCUCUAAAAUAUGUUAUUUUACGCAAAGUUAAAUGGUAUAAUGUCAAUACAACCUAAUAUUGUUAAUCGAGAAAGAAGUACAAAGUUUGAGUUAUAAUAUUCCUUUAAAAUAUGUUAUUUUACGCAAAGUUAAAUGGUAUAAUGUCAAUACAACCUAAUAUUGUUGAUUGAGAAAGAAGUACAAAGUUUUAGUUAUAAUAUUCCUAUAAAAUAUGUUAUUUUACGCAAAGUUAAAUGGUAUAAUGUCAAUACAACCUAAUAUUGUUGAUUGAGAAAGAAGUACAAAGUUUUAGUUAUAAUAUUCCUCUAAAAUAUGUUAUUUUACGCAAAGUUAAAUGGUAUAAUGUCAAUACAACCUAAUAUUGUUGAUUGAGAAUAAAGUACAAAGUUUUAGUUAUAAUAUUCCUUUAAAAUAUGUUAUUUUACGCAAAGUUAAAUGGUAUAAUGUCAAUACAACCUAAUAUUGUUGAUUGAGAAAGAAGUACAAAGUUUUAGUUAUAAUAUUCCUGUAAAAUAUGUUAUUUUAAGCAAAGUUAAAUGGUAUAAUGUCAAUACAACCUAAUAUUGUUGAUUGAGAAAGAAGUACAAAGUUUUAGUUAUAAUAUUCCUCUAAAAUAUGUUAUUUUAAGCAAAGUUAAUAAUUUUAUAUGUCAAUACAACCCUAUAUCGUUGUUUGAAAGAUAUGUAGGUACAAAGGCUUAGAUAUAAUAUUCUUCUAGAAUAUGUUAUUUUAAGCAAAGUCAAAUAUAUAUGUCAAUAAAACCUAACAUCGUUGUUCCUUUUUGAACUGGGACUCAGCCCGGAG